AUGACGUAAAACACAAUCUCCAAGAAGUGUGCAAGAUAGCCUGAAGUGGUAAAUACGCUGUGGAUAAAUAAGGUGUCCACCCACUUUAGAAGAUCGCUUUUUCCCCACCGUAUCAGUGACAGCCCAACAACAAUGAUGAACUGGAACAAGGGAGGCCCGAGUGGCAAGCGAGGCUUUGGAUUCGGGGGAUUCUCUCUUGCUAGUGGGAAGAAAGAGGAACCUCCUGUUACCCAGAAGGCCCACUCCGCAUUUGGAAGUUCAGGACCAUCAGGUGGAUAUGGCAAGAAUCAGCAGCUUUCGUCUUUUUACAAAAUAGGAACAAAACGAGCCAAUUUCGACGAGGAGAAUGCUUAUUUUGAGGAUGAUGAAGAGGAGUCUAGCAGUGCAGAUCUGCCAUAUAUACCUGCCGAGAACUCUCCCACUAGAAAGCAGUUCCAAUCUGGAGGUGGAGGAGGAGGCUCAGACAGUGAGGAUGACCCCCUUGAUGCCUUUAUGGCUGAGGUGGAGGACCAAGCAGCAAAGGACAUGAAGAAACUUGAGGAAAAGGAAAAAGAGAAAAAGUUGGCCAAGGGUAUACGGGAUGACAUUGAAGAAGAAGAUGACCAAGAAGCAUAUUUCCGUUACAUGGCGGAGAAUCCAACAGCUGGGUUGACCCUAGAGGAAGAGGAGGAAGAAGUGGACUAUGACAGCGAUGGGAAUCCCAUUGCUCCUACUACCAAAAAGAUUAUAUUGCCCUUGCCCCCCAUAGACCACUCAGAGAUUGACUAUCCUCCCUUUGAGAAGAACUUUUAUAUUGAGCAUGAGGAACUCAGCAGUCUGACUGGGCUUGGAGUGGUGGAACUGAGACAGAAACUGAACCUGAAGGUUUCAGGUGCAGCCCCUCCUAAACCAUCCACCAGUUUUGCCCACUUUGGAUUUGAUGAGCAGCUUUUGCACCAGAUCCGUAAAUCCGAGUACACUCAACCCACACCCAUCCAGUGCCAGGGUGUUCCUAUAUCUUUGAGUGGCAGAGACAUGAUUGGCAUUGCCAAAACCGGCAGCGGAAAGACUGCAGCUUUUAUUUGGCCAAUGCUGGUGCACAUCAUGGACCAGAAGGAGCUGGAGCCGGGAGAAGGACCUAUUGCUGUGAUUGUCUGCCCCACUAGAGAGCUCUGUCAACAGAUCCAUUCCGAAUGCAAGCGAUUCGGUAAGGUAUAUGGCCUUCGCUCAGUGGCAGUGUACGGAGGUGGCAGCAUGUGGGAACAAGCCAAAGCUCUACAGGAAGGAGCUGAAAUUGUUGUCUGCACCCCAGGUCGUCUAAUCGAUCAUGUGAAGAAGAAAGCUACAUCUCUGCAGCGUGUGACCUACCUGGUAUUUGAUGAAGCUGAUCGCAUGUUUGAUAUGGGCUUUGAAUAUCAAGUGAGAUCCAUUGCCAGCCAUGUCAGACCUGAUCGACAGACUCUGUUAUUCAGUGCAACUUUUCGGAAGAAAAUCGAAAAGCUGGCACGAGAUAUUUUGGUCGACCCCAUCCGUGUUGUGCAGGGAGAUAUAGGAGAGGCUAAUGAAGAUGUCACUCAGAUAGUGGAGGUGCUGCAGACUGGGAAGGAGAAGUGGGGUUGGCUGACGCGCAGGCUGGUGGAGUUCACCUCCGCUGGUUCAGUGCUGGUCUUUGUCACUAAAAAGGCUAACUGUGAGGAGCUGGCUACAAAUUUGAAUCAGGAAGGUUAUAGCCUGGGGCUGCUCCAUGGAGACAUGGAUCAGAGUGAGAGGAACAAAGUCAUUGCUGACUUUAAGAAGAAGAAUCUGCCCAUAUUGGUAGCUACUGAUGUUGCUGCUCGUGGGUUGGAUAUUCCAUCUAUCCGUACAGUUGUGAACUAUGAUGUUGCACGAGACAUUGACACACACACACAUCGAAUUGGUAGAACAGGUCGUGCAGGAGAGAAAGGUGUUGCUUACACUCUGCUCACCACUAAAGACACUUCAUUCGCUGGUGACCUGGUUCGCAAUUUAGAGGGAGCCAAUCAGAGUGUUUCAAAGGAGCUGAUGGACCUGGCAAUGCAGAAUCCCUGGUUCCGGAAAUCCCGCUUUAAGGGAGGGAAAGGGAAGAAACUAAAUAUUGGAGGUGGAGGCCUGGGUUACAGAGAGAGACCUGGCCUUGGAUCUGAAUCCACUGUUAGUUUGGAGCGCAGUAGUAGUGGUGCUGCUCUUGGUAACUAUGAGGCCUACAAACCCUCCACUGGAGCCAUGGGAGACCGUAUGUCUGCCCUGAAGCAAGCAUUUCACGCUCAGUAUAAAAACCACUUUGUGGCGGCAUCUGGUGUUCCUCCUAAACUUACUACAAAGUCCAGCAGCUCCUCUGGUUGGACCAGUGCAGGAAGUCUAAGUUCGUUGCCUUCAGGAGCACCUGAGGGGCCUGACAGACCUCACCUGUCCUACUCUCCAUCGUCGUUCUCCUCAGUUUCCUCUAUGCUGCCGCUCCCUGCCCUCAGCUCAGGCACCAAAAUGAGCGGCUUCAGUAGCGCUGGCUCCCUGAGCUCGGUUUCAGACUCUUACUCUAGCUCUUCUUCAAAAGAGGGGUCCCGUAGUGAUAGGAAUGCUGAUGACAGGGGUCGUCAUGGAGAAAGUCAUUAUCGUCAUGGUGACAGGCAUAGUGGGGGAGACCGUGAUCGCUAUGGGGAAAGGGACCGCUAUAGUGACAGAGAUCGUCAUGGCGAUAGCCGAAACGGUGAAGGGAGCCAUAGGGACAGAGAGGGACGGUCAGAACGAGAUGGGGGUGAGAGGUCAGGGACUCAUAAAGACAGCUUUGCAGUUCCUGAUCCCCCCAAACGCAAGAAAAGCAGAUGGGACAAUUAAAGUGUAUAGGAUAGAAGCAGUCAACUGUUCUCAGAUCCGAACACACAGCUGACCCAGUCUCCCCAGCAGUGUCUUUAUUUGUCUGUUUUUUUGUUUGUUUUUGUUUUUUAAGGCUGUUUCAACCAUUUAGAGCUGUGAAUUGGCAGGAUGAGUAACCAAAUGCAUCUUGAGCCCAAGUGUUGUGUUAAAGUAGAUACCUGUUCAGUGGCACACAAGUUGUUUCUUUCUGAAGAGACUUAAAGAAUUAGAAAAUGUUGACUCUGGCUGUGUAACUGGAAAUAUAAUCUGAUUUCAAAUAGUUGAGUACUUUUUUAUUACUGUGUGCUGCUUCACAAACUAUUUGUGAAAUAUAUAUUUUCUUUAAGAUUCUCCAGCGUGUUUUAAUGUGUGCUAUGUCAUAUUUCAAACAGCAUUUUAAGUUCUUAAUUUCCAUUAAUGAGCUUGUCGUUUGUUCAUACCUGUUAAUAUUUUAAAAUAAAAAAUAUUUGAGUAGACUGUUAAGAUUAUAGUAUUUUGGUGCUGACCAGCAUAUAGUAUAGUUCAAGAAAGAA